CGCUUUGCGCAAGCGCAGCCGUGGCGGUGGCGGCGAUUGCGGAGGAAAAGGGAGGGGGGACGCGGAAUGCCACGCGAGACGGGACGGGACCGAACGUAAGGGGCGGGGUCACGAACUCUGACCCCCUCAGAGCCGGACUGCCACCGACAACCCCCCCCCGCCCCCCCAGCCGUUGCGCCUGUCAGGUAGGAGUACAGGAAGGAGGCGGUGAUGGGGGGCGGAGGCCGAAGGACUUCUCGCGCUGUGCUGACUUCGUGUGAGGCCUUCCCCGGCCGCUGCAGCUUCGACACAUCCAGAAAAUAAUUAUGCAUGCAGGAAAUGGAAUGUAACACCGGUAACUUGGGAAACACUGGUGAUUGAAGAUCAUGUCAACCAUUGAGGAACUGGCCCAUCAGAUUAUUGAGCAGCAAAUGGGGGAGAUAGCACACACCCAAGGAUCUGUCACACAAACACUAAUGGAUGGGCCAGCUCAAAGAAUUCAGAUUGUCCCAGCAGAUACAGGUCUCACCAUGCCCCAGCGCAUACAGAUUGUCACAGAUCAGCAAACUGGACAGAAGAUUCAGAUUGUUACAGCACUUGAUCAGACUGCAACAGGCAAACAGUUCAUUUUAACAAAUCAUGAUGGUUCUGCCCCAAGCAGAGUGAUCCUUGCCAGGCAAGAUGCCACUCCAAGAAAAGUUUUUCUAGCAACUCCAGAUCCUGCAGGAGUCAACCAGCUUUUUUUAACAUCUCCAGAUGUAUCUGCACAACACAUUCAGAUUUUAACAGACAAUUCUUCCACAGAGCAAAGCCUAAAUAAAGUAAUUGACCUCUGUGUAGUUUGUGGAGAUAAAGCAUCAGGACGACAUUAUGGAGCAGUAACAUGUGAAGGAUGCAAAGGAUUCUUUAAAAGAAGCAUACGAAAGAAUUUAGUGUAUUCAUGCCGAGGGGCAAAAGACUGUGUGAUUAACAAACACCAUAGAAACAGAUGUCAGUACUGUAGGCUACAGAGAUGUAUUGCUUUUGGAAUGAAGCAAGAUUCUCCACACCCUUUUGUAGCUGUUCAAUGUGAGAGGAAACCUGUUGAAGUGUCACGAGAAAAAUCUUCAAAUUGUGCAGCUUCAACAGAAAAGAUUUACAUCCGGAAAGAUUUGCGCAGCCCGCUAACAGCAACACCAACCUUUGUCACAGACAGUGAAACAGCAAGGUCAACAGGAAUGUUGGAGUCUGGAAUGUUUGUGAACAUUCAUCAGUCUGGAAUAAAGAAUGAGCCUGCAGUUCUAAUGACUCCAGAUAAGAUUGAGACAUGUCAAGGAGAUUUAAGUACACUGGCAAAUGUGGUAACAUCAUUAGCAAGUCUAAGCAAGUCUAAAGAAAUGUCUCAAAGUAGUCCUGACCUAUCUGUAAUAGAAAGUUUAAGCAAUGGAGAUGCAUCAUUGUCUGAACUGCAGCAAGAUGAACAUGCAAAUACUGAUGUUUCAAGAGCGUUUGAUACUCUCGCAAAAGCACUGAAUCCUGGAGAAAGUGUUUCAUGCCAGAGCUCUGCAGAAAGUAUGGAAGCCAGUGCACGUCUCAUUGGUGAAGAAGCAAACAUGAAUAUUGUUGAAAUAGAGGGCCCACUUCUCAGCGAUGCCCAUGUAGCUUUCAGGCUCACCAUGCCGUCUCCUAUGCCUGAAUACCUGAAUGUUCAUUAUAUUUGUGAAUCAGCAUCUAGAUUGCUCUUUUUAUCUAUGCACUGGGCACGGUCCAUUCCUUCCUUUCAAGCUCUAGGGCAAGACAACAGCAUAUCCUUAGUGAAAGCUUGCUGGAACGAACUCUUUACUCUUGGUCUUGCACAGUGUUCACAAGUAAUGAACGUAGCAACGAUAUUAACUGCAUUUGUCAAUCACCUUCACAGUAGCUUACAGCAAGAUAAACUGUCAGCAGAAAGAGGAAAGCUUGUGAUGGAACAUAUCUUCAAACUGCAGGAGUUCUGUAACAGUAUGGUAAAACUUUGUCUGGAUGGUUAUGAAUACGCUUACUUGAAAGCAAUUGUCCUCUUCAGCCCAGAUCAUCCAGGCUUAGAAAAUGUGGUGCAGAUUGAAAAAUUUCAAGAAAAAGCAUAUAAGGAGUUUCAAGAUUAUGUAACAAUAGUAUAUCCAGAUGAUACCUACAGACUGUCUCGGUUACUUCUCAGAUUGCCUGCCCUGAGAUUGAUGAGUGCUGCUAUCACAGAAGAAUUGUUUUUCGCAGGACUAAUUGGAAACGUUCAAAUAGACAGUAUCAUACCAUAUAUUCUACGAAUGGAGACUGCAGAUUACAACUCCCAAAUAAUUGGUCAUGCUGUAUAAAUGUUGAACCACGGAUUCCGUACCAUGGCAAUCAUGGAGAUGUAGAUGUACAUUUAUCUCCAAGAGAUAACAAGAAGCUUUCUUGUGCAGUUAUAAGAAGAAAAAUAGAAGAAGGUGCAACUUUGUCUCUUCCUGAAUAUUUGGGAAACAUAGCAGACUAGAUUGAGUGAUACAGGAUGACUUGCUUUUUAUCUGGUUUUCAAGAACUAAGUAUAUUACUUAGAAUCGCAUAAAAAUCAAGAGUAGUUCAUCCUAUUUUUGUAGCUUAGUUGUAUCUGGAACACAGUAAGAACUCUAGACAAAUGUACAAAACUUAGUUUUGGUGGGGGAACAACUUCACCAAGACAUUUCAGCGUGAUGUUUAAGAAAAUAAAUAAAUUAACUUUCUUCCCCAUGUUGUGUUUUUAGUAUCGUUUCUACAAAUUAACUUUUGUCACUUUUUAUGUAAGUCUGGAAUUCUGAGCAAGCCAACUUCUUUUCUGAUGUGACUGCAUAAGGAUUUUUGGAUAUCUUUCAGUUACUUUGAACAGAACUUAAUUUUUUUGUUCAACAAACUAGGCAUGUUUUAAAGAACUGAAGAGAAAUCACGAGAUGGCUGUGAAAUUAGGUUGACACUUUUAGCACCCCAAAGUAAUUUGUUUAUUAUUUGGGUUAAUCUAGGAAACAGAAGCUACCAUGCUCAGUUAUCUGCUGAUGUUGUGAUUCAGAAAGUAUUAUAGAUCCUUCAGUGGCAUCAAGUUUUUAGCAAAACUUAGUUUUGCUAUGUACUUUAUACAGUUUAAUAGUGCUAACUCUCUUCAUUUUAACCAGAUACCUGUACACCCAGCUAAGAAUCAAAUUGACUAAUGUUGGAGGUUCUCACACACCAUUAUACUACCAUUAUUUGAUCUAUCAGUCUUUACCCCUCUAUAAUGUUUAGAUAAAUUCUCAACCAAUGGAACUCUGUUAUGAAGGGGAUAAUGGUUAGAAUUUUUCAGGUGUGCUAUUUAAAAUAUUAAACCCAUAAACCAACCAAUGGAAUUUAUGUGUAUUCUACUUUCCUGAACUGUAAUGAUCACAGAAUCCUCAUUACAAAAUUUACAUUUCAUGAUAUAUUUGCUGCUGAACGCCUUCAGUCUUUGAAUUUUUUCCCGAAGGCCCUUUUGCUUAUUGAAAGUUGUUUGUUAAUUACCAUAUAAUGAAGUUAGCCAAUCACCCACAUCACAUUGUUAUCAAGCGUUACACAUGUAGUUUUUAUAACUACCUUUAAUUUAAAUCUUGAUGAUACUAACACAACUGCCUCUAAUUGAGACUUCUUGAUACCAGGCUGUGAAAAGGGCUUUUCUUAAUUGGAGACACAGGAUUAUUUGCAUCAGGUUUUUCUAAACAGAUUGCAUGGAACGUAGUAGUCUUACAUAUUUUAUUUUAUCCUCUAAUAAUAUAAAGUGAAGAGUUGCAUUUCACCCCAAAAGAUAUAUAUGUAUGUUUGUGCAACUACAUGAACACAUAGAGUUGCAUUACAUUUUCUUGAUUAUAUAUUACCAGGUGUUUCUUGUAGUUACACUUUGAGCUGUUUUAAAUCUUUCUAAAAUGUCUACUGCAUUGUACAUUUCUCUAAUAGAUGCAAUAUAUUUGUUAUGCAUAUAUUUGUUAUGCAUAUUUUCUCUGUAGUGUCCCUGGAAAUCAAUUGCUUUAUUCCAUUCCACUCUUUGUACAAAUUUGAUUUGUGCUUUGUAGCAUAAGCAUCAGAAUUUUCCAGUAACUGUCUUGCCAUUGUAUAAAAAUUACUGUAAAUGUCUUGAAAUCAAAAGAAGUGUAAAUUCUAUUUUGGCUGUAUUUUUAAAAUAAAUUGUAACUUUUUAUUAUAGAA